GACCCAGGCGAGCUAGACGUCUGGGCAGCCCCAGCGCAACGCGCAGCAGCCUCCCUCCUCUUCUUCCCGCACUGUGCGCUCCUCCUGGGCUAGGGAGUCUGGAGUGAGUCCCGGAGGCUUCCGCCUCCCAGACAGACUACGGGUCACCUGGACAGGAGCCUGAGUCCGGGUCGCGUCGCUGCCGACGCAGUCACCGGGCACGACCGUGGGACUCCGUCUGUCUCGGAUUAAUCUCGGAGAGCCAGAGCCAAUCUAUCCCGGUCAGAGAUGCGACCCUUGGGGACCGUGAGAAGCAAGCUGCUGGUGCUGCUGGCCGCACUCUGCGCCGCAGGUGGGGCGCUGGAGGAAAAGAAAGUUUGCCAAGGCACAAGUAACAGACUCACCCAAUUGGGCACUUUUGAAGACCACUUUCUGAGCCUGCAGAGGAUGUUCAACAACUGUGAAGUGGUCCUUGGGAACUUGGAAAUUACCUAUGUGCAAAAGAAUUAUGACCUUUCCUUCUUAAAGACCAUCCAGGAGGUGGCUGGCUAUGUGCUCAUCGCCCUCAACACUGUGGAGAGGAUCCCUUUGGAGAACCUGCAGAUCAUCAGGGGAAAUGCUCUCUAUGAAAACACCUACGCCUUAGCCGUCUUGUCCAACUAUGGGACAAACAGAACCGGGCUUAAGGAACUGCCCAUGAGGAACUUACAAGAAAUCCUGACUGGUGCUGUGCGAUUCAGCAACAACCACAUCCUCUGCAAUAUGGAGACUAUCCAGUGGAGGGACAUCGUCCACAAUGUCUUUCUGAGCAACAUGUCAAUGGACUUGCAGAACCACCUGAGCAGCUGCCCAAAAUGUGAUCCAAGCUGUCCCAAUGGCAGCUGCUGGGGAGGAGGAGAGGAGAACUGCCAGAAACUGACCAAAAUCAUCUGUGCCCAGCAAUGUUCCCGGCGUUGUCGUGGCAGGUCCCCCAGUGACUGCUGCCACAACCAGUGUGCUGCAGGAUGUACAGGGCCCCGAGAGAGUGACUGUCUGGUCUGCCACAAGUUCCGAGAUGAAGCCACAUGCAAAGACACCUGCCCACCACUCAUGCUGUACAACCCCACGACGUACCAGAUGGAUGUCAACCCUGAGGGGAAGUACAGCUUUGGUGCCACCUGUGUGAAGAAGUGCCCCCGAAACUACGUGGUGACAGAUCAUGGCUCAUGUGUCCGGGCCUGUGGGCCUGACUACUACGAAGUGGAAGAAGAUGGCGUCAGCAAGUGUAAAAAAUGUGAUGGGCCCUGUCGCAAAGUUUGUAAUGGCAUAGGCAUUGGUGAAUUUAAAGACACACUCUCCAUAAAUGCUACAAACAUCAAACACUUCAAAUACUGCACCGCCAUCAGCGGGGACCUUCAUAUCCUGCCAGUGGCCUUUAAGGGGGAUUCUUUCACACGCACACCUCCUCUAGACCCACGGGAACUAGAAAUUCUAAAAACCGUAAAAGAAAUAACAGGGUUUUUGCUGAUUCAGGCUUGGCCUGAAAACUGGACUGACCUCCAUGCUUUUGAGAACCUGGAAAUAAUACGUGGUAGAACAAAGCAACAUGGUCAGUUUUCUCUGGCGGUCGUUGGCCUGAACAUAACAUCGCUGGGCUUGCGGUCCCUCAAGGAGAUCAGCGAUGGGGAUGUGAUCAUUUCUGGAAACCGAAAUCUGUGUUAUGCCAACACGAUAAACUGGAAAAAACUCUUCGGGACAUCCAGUCAGAAAACCAAAAUCAUGAACAACAGAGCUGAGAACACCUGCCGGGCCACGAACCACAUCUGCAAUCCUUUAUGCUCCUCGGAAGGCUGCUGGGGUCCUGAGCCCAGGGACUGUGUCUCUUGCCAGAAUGUGAGCAGGGGCAGGGAGUGCGUGGAGAAGUGCAACAUCCUGGAGGGGGAGCCAAGGGAAUUUGUGGAAAAUUCUGAAUGCAUCCAGUGCCAUCCAGAAUGUCUGCCCCAGACCAUGAACAUCACCUGUACAGGCCGGGGACCAGACAACUGUGUCAAGUGUGCCCACUACAUUGAUGGCCCACACUGUGUCAAGACCUGCCCAGCCGGCAUCAUGGGGGAGAACAACACCCUGGUCUGGAAGUAUGCAGAUGCGAAUAAUGUGUGCCACCUGUGCCAUGCAAACUGUACCUAUGGAUGUUCUGGGCCAGGUCUUCAAGGAUGUGGACCACCAGAUGGGCCGAAGAUCCCAUCUAUCGCCACUGGGAUUGUGGGAGGCCUCCUCUUCAUAGUGGUGGUGGCCCUUGGGAUCGGCCUAUUCAUGCGAAGGCGUCACAUUGUUCGAAAGCGCACACUACGCCGCCUGCUUCAAGAGAGAGAGCUUGUGGAACCUCUCACACCCAGCGGAGAAGCUCCGAACCAAGCCCUCUUGAGGAUACUAAAGGAAACAGAAUUCAAAAAGAUCAAAGUUCUGGGUUCGGGAGCAUUUGGCACAGUGUAUAAGGGUCUCUGGAUCCCAGAAGGUGAGAAAGUGAAAAUCCCUGUGGCCAUCAAGGAGUUAAGAGAAGCCACAUCUCCAAAAGCCAACAAGGAAAUCCUUGAUGAAGCCUAUGUGAUGGCCAGUGUGGACAACCCUCAUGUAUGCCGCCUCCUGGGCAUCUGUCUGACCUCCACUGUCCAGCUCAUUACACAGCUCAUGCCCUAUGGUUGCCUCCUGGACUAUGUCCGAGAACACAAGGACAACAUUGGCUCCCAGUACCUACUCAACUGGUGUGUGCAAAUCGCAAAGGGCAUGAACUACCUGGAAGACCGGCGUUUGGUGCACCGUGACUUGGCAGCCAGGAAUGUACUGGUGAAGACGCCACAGCAUGUCAAGAUCACAGAUUUUGGGCUGGCCAAACUGCUUGGUGCUGAGGAGAAAGAAUAUCACGCCGAGGGGGGCAAAGUGCCUAUCAAGUGGAUGGCUUUGGAAUCAAUUUUACACCGAAUUUAUACACACCAAAGCGAUGUCUGGAGCUAUGGAGUCACCGUGUGGGAACUGAUGACGUUUGGGUCCAAGCCUUAUGAUGGAAUCCCUGCCAGUGAGAUCUCAUCCAUCCUAGAGAAAGGAGAGCGCCUUCCACAGCCACCUAUCUGCACCAUCGAUGUCUACAUGAUCAUGGUCAAGUGCUGGAUGAUAGAUGCAGAUAGCCGCCCAAAGUUUCGAGAGUUGAUUCUUGAAUUCUCCAAAAUGGCCCGAGACCCACAGCGCUACCUUGUUAUCCAGGGGGAUGAACGAAUGCAUUUGCCGAGCCCUACAGACUCCAACUUCUACCGAGCCCUGAUGGAAGAAGAGGACAUGGAAGAUGUAGUGGAUGCUGAUGAGUACCUAAUCCCACAGCAGGGCUUCUUCAACAGUCCAUCCACAUCGCGGACACCCCUCUUGAGUUCUCUGAGUGCAAAUAGCAACAAUUCCACCGUGGCUUGCAUUAACAGAAAUGGGAGCUGCCGUAUCAAAGAAGACACCUUCUUGCAGCGGUACAGCUCUGACCCCACUGGUGUCCUAAUAGAGGACAGCAUGGAUGAUGCAUUCCUCCCUGCACCUGAAUACAUAAACCAGUCUGUUCCCAAGAGGCCAGCAGGCUCUGUGCAGAACCCUGUCUAUCACAAUCAGCCCCUGCAUCCAGCUCCUGGGAGAGACCUGCAUUAUCAAAAUCCCCACAGCAAUGCAGUGGGAAACCCUGAGUAUCUCAACACUGCCCAGCCUACCUGUCUCAGUAGUGGGUUUAACAGCUCUGCCCUCUGGAUCCAGAAAGGUAGCCACCAAACGAACCUGGACAACCCCGACUACCAGCAGGACUUCUUCCCCAAGGAAGCCAAGCCAAACGGCAUCUUUAAGGGCCCUACAGCUGAAAAUGCAGAGUACCUACGGGUGGCACCUCCAAGCAGCGAGUUUAUCGGGGCAUGACAUGAAGGGGCAUCAUACAAGCUGUAACUUUCUGGACUUUCUAGAAGCCCAGGACCAAGCCAUGGCAGCACCUCCACUCCUGACAGCCAUGCCCACGUUGUGUCAAAUGUCAAACCCUCAGACUGGCUUUAAAGUCUAACUGUGAUGGGCUUUGUCACUGAGCCAAGAAGUGGGCCCCUCCCCUGAUGCCCUUUGGGAAGUUGAAGGUACAUCAAUUGAUCUUCAAACUGUGAAGACGCCACAAAAAGGUAUCCUUCGAGAACACGGUCCAUUGGAACAGAAGUUUGCCUCAUGGUGAGGUACAUGGGGAAAAAAACAGACAUAUGGAGCUUAUUGCUUAGGGAACUUUGGGAUUCUUGUCUUUAUUGAUUUGAUUCAUGUACUCUCAUAGUCUGGGUACACAGAGUUGCCUGGAGUCAACUGACCAGACAGUUGGAUCCACCAGCUCUGCAUCAAGACACUUCCGUGGCAAGACAACUAAACACACAAGAAGCCCUGGGUGCCCUGAGCAGGUCACACUUGUACAGCAUUAAAGCAUGGCAGGUACGAUAGGAUAAGCCACUUUGUCACUUACUGGGGCUGGGAGAAGAGGAAUGACGGGGUAGAAUUUUUUGUAUAACUAUGUCCCUGGCACUUAGCACACGCUAGUUUACCAGUGUUUUCUAUUAGACUUCCUUCUGUGUUUUCUGUUUCAUUGUUUUGAGUUGUAAAUAUGCUUCCCUAUCUUCAUUUCAUGAAGUAAACAAAUGAAAAACCCAGUAUUAAGUAUUAUCAGAACAACCAUGAUUCCACAUUCGAACCCAUUUGAACCAUCAGUAUUGCAACCAAAAGAUUUUAAAUAAGGAGUAACCAUGCAAAAAUCCAUAGAGGAAUUUAACCCAAAUUUUUCGUCUCAGCAUUGUGUCUGCUGAGGCGUGUAUAUGAGACUAUAGAGGCAAAGCUGCUCUUCAAAUCCACUUUACGUUCACCCCUCUACACCCUAAAACUAGUGUAAACCACACGUGGAGGAUAAAUCUAUUUAAUUUUAAAAGUGUUUAUUAGAGAUAUGCUUUUUCCCUGGUAAGCUGCCACCAUUUUUUUCCCUUUUAGAAAAAUGAUCUAGGCUUCCAUGCAAUAAGGGGCAACCCAUGGUAGGCUCAGUGUGCAGGUUCCAAGAAAGAGAAUGUCAAGAACAGAGUGGAAUGCAGUAUCCAUUUGAAAGCUAAGGAUGCUUGCAGGGGGAGGCCAUGUUCCCAAGGAUGUUUGCAGAGGGGAGGGGAUUCAUCCCCAAGUGAUCUCACCAUCAUUGGUGCAUCCGGCUACCCAAGAUCUCCUUGCAGCCUGAUAGGCUAAUAGCCAUUUUUGAUAACCAGUAUCAUAAAGAUCUUGGCAUCCAUCCCUUCCCAUUUACCAAGUAAUAGAUGGACAAGGACUUAUAUACACUAACCAUAGGGCAAAAUGAUGAAUGCCAGACAAGGUAUCAGCCAGGCACUAGAGCACAGAGAAGGAUGGUACAUUCUGUUGGAGAGAUCUAGAAAGUUCACAAAGGAGACAAGACUGCCUACUAUCCAUCUGAGAUCUAAAGGUCAUAAACACCAGGAAAAUGGAAAGUGCUUCUUUAGAGCAGUGGGUCCUCACUGGUCCUAAAGCUAUGACCCUUUAAUACAGUUCCUCAUGUUGUGGUAACCCCCCAACCAAAAAAUUAUUUUUGUUGCUACUUCAUAACUGUAAUUUUGCUACUCUUACAAAUCACAAUGUAAAUAUCUGACAUGCUAUUUGAUACGCAGGUUAUCUGACAGGGGUCAAAACCCGCAGGUUGAGAACCACUGCCUUCAAGGUUUCAACCAAGAGAGCAGUGAUCAGAGGGCUUUACUAGAAAGUCAGGGGCAAGACCAAAUCAAUCAUCCUUACAUGCCUGCUGCUCCCUCAGGCCUGGGAAUGAAGCUCGCAGCACCCUCUGGGUUUCCUGUUAUCCACUCCUGGUGUUCAUCUGUGAAAAGAGAUGCCAUCUACGAAAUUAAGGAGAUUAAGCAGCAUUUAUGGAGAUUGAAUUUCCAUGUCAUCACCAGGAAAUGCCAUGCUGAUCACAGUGAACACAGAGGAAACAUUUAGUCAGGAUUUCGCUCAAAAUUGGAGUAUAGAAUGAGUCUGUCAGGUACCUAUCAGGAACAGGUAAUCAGUGAGAGAGAAGCAUCACAAGCCAUGCAAAUUGUAGCAAUGAAACCUUAGUAUUUUUGUACUUUGAAAUACUUUCUUAUAACAAAAUAAAGUGGCAAAACUAUUCAGACUUGCUUUUCUUCUUAUUUACGUACUCAGCAUAAAGUUUAGUUGUUGUCAGGGUUAAGAGUAUGUUUGCCAGUGUGUCCUCACUGUGUCUGUGCAGGGAGACAGGGCUGUGAACUCUGCCAAGCAGACCCUUCCUUUUGCAGUGGUUCUCAACCUUCCUAAUGCAGUUCCUAAUUCAGUUCCUUGUGUUGUGGUGGCCCCCAACCAUCAAGUUAUUUUGUUGAUACUUUGUAGUAGUAAUUUUCCUACUGUUAGGAAUCCUAGUUUAAAUGUCUGAUAUGUCUUUCAAAGGUACCUUAGCAGCUACUGGGGGUAAUGAGAAGGAAGGCACCAUGCUGGACCAGCAUUCCAGUCCAUCGCUGGCAGACCUAGCUCAGCUUAACUCUGCCACAGUGAACCAGCCUCAUAUACCUCUCAGGGCUUCUUUAUACUAAUUGUCUCUCAGUCCAGUCUUUUUAUGUCUUGAUCCCAUCCUGGCUAUUGGGCAGUUCAUGGAGAAAUAAAUAUAUGGAGCUAACAUUUACAUGAGCACAAACAUUAUAUAUAUUGUACAAAUAUAUAUAUAUAUAUAUAUAUAUAUAUAUAUGUACAAAGAGCUGCUAUCAUUAUACCCUAUAAAAAUUACUUUUUUACUUCACGAUGAAAAAUGAUAAUCUCUUAAAUGCUAAAUUUGCUGUGAGUCCCUUCUGUCAUAGGCUUUAUAGGUAGAAGCCCUGGGAAAGCACAAAGUUGCAUUCCAGCUCAUGAUAACACAGUCUAGGCAUUUGUUGGGCCUUUUUUUGAUUGGUUGGUUGGUUGGUAGGUUGGUUGUUUUUUUUUUCUUUAUCAUCCCACCCCAUCCCCAAACUGUAGAUAUAGACGAUGCUGGACUGCAUAAGCACUGAAGCACUGGGUGUGUCUUGGGUGGGCUACCCUGGGAGGUUUCCAGCCAGUACAGUGUUAACCUGAUUCUUCUUAAGCCCAUGGGCAUUUCAAAGUACCUCCAGGAUGUUGCAAUAAGCAUCAAAGUUUCCAGAGCCACUGUAAAAGGCUUGAUAAGGGGACCAUUGGCACUCACUAGUGGCUGCCCAGCUGUGGUUCAUUCAUAUUGGUCCUUUGGUUGCAUUACAUAAGACAAAGCUGGUACAUGAAGAUCAUGCACCCACAUCUACCCUCACUACAAAUGGAAAGUACUGGAAAGCUUAGAAAGGCUUUCCCAGCCCCUGCAGGCUCAGGCAGUCAGAAUCCUAGAGGGGCACCCCGCCCUUGAUCCCAGUCCUCAUCUGCAUCGUCUUCGUCCAUGGUACAGGAUCAUGCCAGGUCAGAGUAGAAUAAACCCCUGGUUAGGUACAGACUUACUGGCUCACAGAAACCAAACUUUGCAGUCACCACUAUUCCUUGUCCACAAGUGUAGCCUUUCCAAAAUCCUCCUCUUUUUUUUUCCCCCAAUGAAACCUUUAUCCUGAAAAUGGCAAAAAUCUAAGUCUGGGCCUUACUAAAGUCCUGGGACAUCUUGUUAAAGUCCUUGGACAUUGUGUGUUAUCUAAGAAACAAGUCAUAAAAACCCACCACUUUCCACCUCCCCGCACUGGAUGAGCUGUUCCCAUUUAAGAAGCAGAUGUUAAAGUUAUGCCUAAUCUCUACUUUCUUUUGAUAAGCUUGUGUUUGUAUUAAAGCAUAAUGAUCUGUUUACAUUUCCUUGCUUGGGGGCUGUAAAACCGUAACUGAGCAGAAGCCCCUCACUCUUCAUCCCAGCCACAGCUACCAUUCCAGAGACAAAAAUCUUGCUACUGUUAAAGCCACAUGUAGACAGAAUUUGUAAAUGUAAAUGUAUUUUUGUACCUGUUUUUAGUAUAUUGUCCUCUUUAUGUAGCACUGAACUUUGUAAAGUAUAUUUUUUUAGGAAACUUGUUCUUGUUGUUGUUGUUUUCUAAAGAAAACUGCUUUGGAAAAACCAUAAUAGAAUCAAAAUUUGAAAUUGAAAUCUUUGCUUAGAAACAGUUCCACUGAGGAGAGGGGAGAGGUCUCUUAGGUGAAUGUGCAUCCUUAUUACAGCACUAAGCUAGGUAGGUCAUUUCCAUGGUGAAUGACAGGAGAGUCAUUUAGUAGCGUUACAGGCAGAAAAGAUGAAAGGCAUAUGAGCUUUGUGCUGGUCUGAGAAGAAGCUGUGGAUUCUGGGGCAACGUCAGCAGAGGGAUUGCUACCUGCUGGUCACCACUAGAGGAAUUUAAAUGACCUUGUAAAUGAAUGACAUGAAACACAACAUUUUGUUGGUUUACAUAUGCUAAUGCAACAUUAACAUCAAUUAUUUUGUUUUUAUAGUAACAAUGCCGUUCACUCACUAGUGUGUCCUAGAAAUGUCUGAAAAGCCGCAAUAAUAUUUAUGCUUGUUUGGGUUACUUAAUAUAUUUCUGAAAUGUAUCACGUGCAAACAGGGUCACCCUAGACCAGCCUUAUCAGCCAUACAUGCAGCAUAAAAUCACCUCAAUUGGUUUUACAACUCUUGAAAUCCAGCCAUACCCAAGAACAAUCAAAUAGGAGUCUCCACGGAGUAAAACUUGAGAAAUUUUAGUUUUUAAAAGUCCUAAGUCCCUUCUCAUGUAUAGAAUCAUGAUUUUUUUUUAACCCUGUUUAAGAUUUUAAAAAAUACAAGCUCAGGGAUUAGCCAUAGACUCAUAGGUGACUCUGUAGAUGCGGAUGGUAUCCAGGCCCAGAGAAACCUAAGUCUGCUUUCCAGCAUCUUUCUGGAGAGUGGGGGUGUCAGAAACCUAGGCGGGGUUCCCCUGGCAGCUACCUGGCCAUUUAAAGUAUCUAGCCAAAGGUCGAGAAGCUAGAGAAGGGACACCAGACAUCCCCAGCACUAUUUUUGUGUUACCUAAGCAAGCUCUAUAUGCGGCUUAUACAUCCAACUUCAUUGGCAGUCCACCAACAUGUGCCAAUCCACAAACCUCCAUCUCCCAGAAGGAAAACCUUGACCUAUUAUUUUGACUGCAAUGGGCAGAUUACUAAAUACUUAUGUGGCUUUUGUAAGAAUAAGACUCCAAGAAGUGGAAUCUUUCAUUAAACACACACACACAUACACACACACAAUACUGGGAUAAAACACUGAAGCAGCUAAUCCAGAUUUUUCUGCUAUGUGCACCAUGAUCUUCCAGUCUUGCCUGAAUUUCCAACAAAAUUGCUAGGAGUCAUUACCUCACAUCAGCAGAAAAAUAUAAGAAAGGAUCUGCAUUUAUACGUCUUACAUGCAUUUUUUAAUUUGGAAAAUGUAAUGCCGUACUCUCUUGGUUUGAAUACAAAGUGUUGUUACUGUAUAAUACAAAAAUGCAGAAAUGACGACACCCCAGGAUGUAAUGACUGUUUCCAGAUGUCAUGACAUGACUAAGCACAGACAGCAGUAAUCACAUGUUAGUUUAGUUCACACAAUAGUUUUACAGCUUCUUAUAUGGUACACUUUAACUUUGUAAAGUCAUGCAAUAAUGAAAACAAUAUUUGUACAAAUGCAAAGCAAGAUGUCUUUUACAUACUGUUGAUUAGAACGUGUUGAUUGUACAUUAAGUAUUAAAAAUUGGAUGUGUGUUCUUCAUUGCUUGCUACUCCUAAGAAGUUAAUGACUUCAGCAUUCUUUGUUAACAGUACAGUGUGCUUUCUGUUACUAUUCAUAUCUGACUAUAGACACUUUCUUGACUUUUUCUUGUUUUCAAAUUUAUUUUGACUUAACUUGCUGAUUUUGUGGUGCUGUGUGGACCAAUGAGCUGUAUUCCCCACCCCAACUGAAAACAUUUUUUAAAAAAAUUAAUAAACCUUAUUUUCAGAGAA